GCUGAGCAGAUAACAGAGGGCACCUGGGACACAGUUCACUGGAGCCGGGAAGCCAGCGAGCGGAGGAACGAGAGAUUUGGGGUGAAGAGAAAAAGAAGGGGAGCUCUUCUUUCGGGCUCUUGGCAUCUCUGUUUCUUUGCCCCUUACUUCCGAGCGGAAGGGAGAAACAGGACAGCGAACCCGCAAAGAGGACUUUCGUCCUCAGCCCCUGCGUGUCAGUCUUUCUGUCUUGACAAGGAGAGAGCGACACAGGAAGGGAGAAGCGCUCUGAGGAGCCACUUUUAAAGGCACUGUAAAGCGUUGGUUAUUCGAAAAGGCCCGGGGACUGGCUACAGAGUAGGGCAGCUCCUACUCCACCUCUUUCCGCCGCUCGCUGGGAUCCUGGAGGGCUCUCUCCGCCAUGUGUACCGGAAAGUGCUCCCGGCUGAUCGGGCUGACGCUGCUCACCUCGGCCUUCUGCUGCAUCAUCGCCAACCUGCUCCUGUUCUUCCCCAGCGGCACCUCGCCGGACAUCAAGCACACCAGCCUGCAGACCUUGCUCAUGGGCGGCUUCCUGGGGGGCGGCCUGUUCAUGCUGUGUCCGAGCUGCUCCGCCAUCAGAGCCGGAGGCAAGGGCUGCUGUGGAACCGGGUGCUGUGGAAACCGUUGCCGGAUGCUGAGCUCGGUGUUCUCCUCGGUGUUCGGGGUACUGGGGGCUCUCUACUGCACCAGUGUGGCCUCUGCAGGGCUGGCCCGAGGACCGCUGUGCUUGAAGAAUGAAACCCUUGAGUGGGGCUACCCCUUCGCGGACACGAAGGGCAACUACCUGGUGGACGAGGGGAUCUGGUGGAAGUGCUCGGAGCCGGAGAACAUCGUGCUGUGGCACAUCGUGCUCUUCUCCAUCCUGCUGGGGCUGGGCGGGCUGGAGCUCAUCCUCUGCGGGGUGCAGGUCUUCAACGGCUGCCUGGGCUGCAUCUGCGGAGACUGCCGCAAGAAGGGAGGGAGAGAGGGUGAUGGAGGUUUGUGAAAGUCACAAGAUCGUGAGCGCCAGACAAACCACUCCAGAACAACUCAAUUUUCUUCUGCUUGGAAGGGAGAGAGACCAGACUCCCACUGCACAGCAGUCUGAUCCGGCUACAGGAGCAUGCUGCAUAGACACUGGUUGCUGGUUGCUGGUGAAUUCAUGCUUAUUAGAUUAGAGGUUCUCAUUCUCCUGACAUGUCACGUUUAAGUACUGUAGCAAUUACACAUUAUUCUGCUUUAUUAGUAAUUUAUUAGUUUCUGCUUUAUCAGUACAAAAAAGUACACAGCAGCCCUGCAACUGGUAAAAUCCUAAAAGGAUCACACUGCUAUGCAUGAGUUGGAUCCACUAUGUUAUUGCAGGGAAUACUUCUGAUUGGUCAAAUCAGAUCUGAUCAUUUAUAAUAAGAUUGCUUUAACUCAGCUUUUUUUCUCUUGGCUGAUUUAGGUAGGGCUCUACUUUGCAUAUAGCAUAUGCAAAGUACGAUAUACAAUCAACCAUAUGGUUUUAAUAAACAGAAACCCAGCUGGUAAUGUAA